UAAGGCCCGGAAAUCCCAGCUGGCCCAGUGGCACUGGGGCUGUGGAGCUGGGCGACAUGCGGGGCAAGGACGAUGAGUACGAUUAUCUCUUCAAAGUUGUGCUCAUCGGGGACUCGGGGGUGGGCAAGAGCAACCUGCUCUCACGCUUCACCCGCAACGAGUUCAACCUGGAGAGCAAGAGCACCAUCGGGGUGGAGUUUGCCACGAGGAGCAUCCAGGUGGACAACAAGACGGUGAAGGCUCAGAUCUGGGACACGGCCGGGCAGGAGCGCUACCGCGCCAUCACCGCCGCGUACUACCGAGGGGCAGUGGGAGCUCUGCUGGUCUACGACAUCGCCAAGUACCUGACGUACGAGAACGCGGAGCGCUGGCUCAAGGAGCUGCAGGACCACGCCGAUGCCAACAUCGUCAUCAUGCUGGUGGGCAACAAGAGCGACCUGCGGCACCUGCGGGCCGUGCCCACCGACGAGGCCAGGAGCUUUGCAGAGAAGAACGGGCUGUCCUUCCUUGAGACGUCUGCUCUGGAUUCCACCAACGUGGAGACAGCUUUCCACAACAUCCUCUCGGAGAUCUACCGCAUCGUGUCUCAGAGGCAGAUCACGGGACAGCCGGAGCCCGAGUUCGGCCCCUCCACCUCCAUUGAGCCCAUCCAGGUGCUGCCCACGCAGCAGGAGGGCCGGCAGGCGCCCUGCUGCCAGAACAUCUGAGCCCCCGGGCUGCCCCCACCGUGACCCCCCAGCACACGGCGCCAUCGGGGGUCUCCCAGCCCCGAGCAGAGCAGUGAGCUCCGGCUGCUGUGUGUGCACCACCACCCUGCCCGCGUGCUGUGUUUGUGUAGGACCAACAAAACCAAAGCAUCAGGGGGUCUCCCCUCUCUCCCCGAGGUCAGGGCAUGCCAUCCCCUGUGUCCCUGCUCCCUCCAGCCCUGCAGGCACAGUGGGUGACACUGAACAAGCCUGAACGUGGUGAGUCCCUGUUGGUGACUCCUCGUGGGGUGGGGAUGGAGGGGGACGCUGGGUGCAUCCUUCUCCUGCCUGGUGAAGCCAGCAGUGCUGUGGCCUGUCCCCCUGUCCCUGCAGCACCGAGGGCUGGGAGUGCCUCUGGGUGCUGCUGGGGCCAUCCAGGGAGGGGUGUGGGGGUGACACCGUUUUUGUGCAAAGAGAAAAGCUGUGACUCUUCCAUGGGAACAGGGGCUGGGGGGCCCUGGCCUUUGGGAAGCCCCGAGGAGGGGACAGGGGAGCACCAGGGAUCUGGGGCUGAGGGCAGGGAUGAGGUGCUGAGGGUAGGCAGUGGUCCCUCUGCACAGGGGGGAGCCAGGGUCAGCACUGGGGACCCCCUCAAGGUCCCCCUGGCAUAGCUUGGCCCUCCCCUGCUCCAGUGUUUGGCUGGUGGGCAUCACCCAGGGUACUGGCACAGACUGUGCUGAGCCCUGUGCUGCUGUCAGGAUGAUUGGCAGGUGUCAAUCAAGAGGGUGCAGGUGGGAAGGCCUGCCCCAUUGGCCCAGUACUGGGAGUGUAGCCCCUGUCACGUGGGGUUUUGGGGGAUCUUUCUCUCCACAGCUGCCCCCAGUCUCUGCAUUUCCCUUGGCUGUGCCAGUAGGAUCCGGGCCACGGUUCCCCCUUGGGGCAUGGUUUGUCAAUGAAACAGAAAUUGAGGCAAAAUCCCCAAAUAAAGCUGCUGCUGAAGCCUUUU